AACAACCUCACUGUUCUGUGCAUACCCCAUGACAUAUUGAAGCGUGAUAUAUGUGAUAUAGCUUUUCUGAAUUGUUAGCCUUUGCCAUAUUGGUGAUCCGAUUGUAGACCUGCAUGCUCGCAACCAACAGAAUGGCAUCAGGCUUUUCUGCUUCAUCGGAUGAUACACGGUGUGAGGGUUGCUUCACUGAGGACACAGCUCAUGUUUCCUACCGAGUCCUAGUGAGACAGAAACUCUGCGAUGGAUGUGCCAUAGAUAAAGAAAGUUCUAUCAAUGCAGCAGAAUGGUUCUGUCAGAAACACGUCAUGGACAAGGCGAAGAUCUUCUGCUUGACUCACGAUGCCCCUAUCUGUGAGGCGUGUGCGAUCACUACACACAGCAAAUCAACAUGCACCCUUGGUGACGUUGAUGACACUCUGAAGGAACGGAAAGAGGACCUGGCUCGGUUGAUCGAGAUGAGUAAAGAGAAUGAAGAAACGUUUAACAAUCAGGUGAAAUCGGUCGAGGAGGAGGUUGAGGGUCUGGAACAGCAUUUUUCAAUGGAGGAGGAGAAACUGCGACUAGCCUAUGAGAGAGAAGAAAAGAAACUCAAAGACGCAUUCGGAGAUCGUCAGCGAAAGCUGAAGGACGUAUCCGCUAGACUUCGUGAAAUGACUGGGUAUAUAAAAGACCAACCUGAUAAGAAAUGCAAAGAACUUGUAGAGAUGCGGGCACGGGCCGAGGAAUUGCUAACAAGCAAGAGCGAUUUGAUGAAAGAGUUCCGGGACGUCAGUUCAUCUCUGACAUGUUUAACAGCCCAGGCUAACACCAAAAUUGACAUGAAAGUUGUGAUGAAAAAGGUCACUGGGGUGGCCCAGAAAGUUUCCUUUGCAAAGAGCGACAACCAACAAAUCGGAACCAUUGAUGUUCCAGUCGAAACCUGGGUCCAGAACGAUGAAUACAAUCCUGAAAUCGGAAAGAUCUCCUACAUGAUGGGCGCUAUCGCUGGCACUGAAAUAGUCAUCAAAGACACAGAAAAACACGCUAUCUAUGUCGUUAAUAUCGAGACCAAAAUCAAGAAGAAAGUGAUUAAAGGCAACAGUCCAUACGAUUUGUGGCGAUGUGUGCCACUGAGAGACACUGCUCGUAGAAUCGUUUGUGGGUCUAACGAAGGUGAGGUGGUCAUUUGUGAUCGUUCUUGGAAACCGCUCAUCGUCAUUACCGUAGAUGAAGAAGAAAAGAAGAGUGUAGGCGGUGAGAAGUCUUCUGUAUGCGUUGCUGUAAACAAAGAUGGUCUGAUCCUCGCCAACGCAGUCGGAUCUGGAACGAUCGGGAUCUAUAGCCCUGAAGAUGGUAAAGCGGUUGCAUCCAUUGACAUUGGGACUCCAAUAUACGACAUUUGUGCUCUCUCAUCGGGACAUGUCGUCGUCCUCAACGAGUGUGUCGAAGGUAUUGAUAUCUCGGUCUUGGACGACUCCGGUAAGAUCCUUGCUUCAAAGCAUUGCCAUGGGGAAGGAAUCAAGAGUCUAGUUGUAGACCGCGGACAUGACCUUAUCUAUCUGCUCUCUUGGGACAGACACCACUCAGAUUACAAGGUCUCAGUCUUGUCAACUUCUGCUGAGUUUGUUGCAGAACGAGUAGCCGUGUGUGAGCCAUCGUUUUACAGUCCAAGUUGUGCCAUUCCUAGACCUGAUAGAAUGGUCAUCUACACCGAUGGAAAGGUACUCUCCUUCCGGAAGACAAACAGGGGACUCCAUCAACUUCUUGCUGAGAUUAAACUUAAAGAAUAAAUAUGAGUACGUGUGUUACGUGUACAUCAUUAAAUAUUUGUUCCUUUUAAUGCAAUCCAUGUAUUAAUAGUCGAUCGAUAUACAAAGG